AUGAACGAUGGAGGUCGAGCUGAAGGGAAGACAGACGAGCCAAACCAUUCGAUCCGCCAACCCUGUGCAGAAACUUACAGCUGGGCAAUAGCAAGAACUGCAGUGGCUCAGAUAUGUGAUACCGUAGGUUUUGAAGGGUUCAAUGAUUCUGCUCUUGAUUCGCUUGCCGAGAUCGUAAUUAGGUACAUUCGCGACUUGGGUAAAAUCUCCAAAUUCUAUGCUAAUUUAGCCGGUAGGAUAGAGUCCAAUGUGUUUGAUGUGGCCCAAGGACUUGAAGACUUGGGCUUGCCACAGGGGUUAUCUAGUGCUUCGGAUACUCACACUGACUGUAAAGUAAAUUCAAGUGCUAUAACAGAGAUUAAACAUUACAUCGACACUUCCCAAGAGGUCCCUUUUGCACAACCUGUCCAGAAAUUUCCGGUGAUCCGUGAAGGAAAAGGGAUACCUAGUUUUUCGCAAGUGGACGAGCUCCCGAGCUUCAAGCACAUCCCUCCAUGGCUGCCUGCUUUCCCAGACCCACACACUUACAUACGGACGCCCGUUUGGAAUGAAAGGGUUUCAGACCCUCGUGCAGAUAAGAUCGAGCUCGCCAGGCAGCAAAGGAAGGCGGAGAGGUCUUUGCUGAGCUUGCAGCAGAGAGUGCUGUGUAAUGGCCAAUCAUCUUCAUCUGUGCCCGAGCCAUCCGAAUCAGAUGUUGGUAAAACGGGUGACCCGUUUUUUGCUGGGGAGAAGCAAAUCUCUUUGGUGAAGGGAUUUGCUCCUCCUGCAGUUGAGUCGAUGAGUGAUGGGGAGAAGCACGUCUCGUUAGUGGAGACAUUUGCUCCUGCCAUUGAGUCGAUGAAGGACGGGCUGGACUGGGGGAAUGAUGGGGAGAAGGUUGUUGUUCCGGAAAGGAGGGCAAUCUCGGUAUUUUUGGAGCUGAAGAAGGGUAAAAAGGUCUUUGGCGAGCCUUUGGAUCUGAGGAUAAGGAAUAAGGCGGAGUCGUGGUUUGGGCGGGAGGACGAGAGGGACGAUAAGAAGAGAAGGGUCGAGUUUAUACUCCGGCAGUCCUUGGAAAAUCAACAGGAGCUUCCCCAGUUGUAA